GGAGGGGAUCAGGGAGAAAUAAUUAUCGAGAGUAAGUGGCGCCGACGCAGAAUCUCUGGACUGGACGUCGAGGUGUGACGGCGGUAUUUCGUGCGGUUAGUUGGCGCGCGGGGCCCCGGUGACUGGGACGGCCAAGAUAGACGUUCCGUAUAAAAGGAGAGACAAGAGGGCAGGGCGAAACGAACAGGAUAUAUUAUAAACGGAGCGACGACCACACAGUGACGACGACCACGACGAACACGACCGAAUAUUCUUCAUAAAUUUCUACUUCUUUCUCCUAAGAAGAAGAAGAAAAGUGCGCGAACGGCGUUAACGAGCCGCGUGAGCUCGCGCCACUCGAGCUAACGAAAGAUUAACGUUAAAAAAACUCGCCAAGGUGGCUGGAAUCGAGGAUUUCUAAUUAUUUGGAUAUUUCAUCGCUCGCUGCAAGAGAGGAGUUGGUUGGCGGCGGAGGAAGGGCAAGGUCGAUUGGAUGGUGCCGCGGGUCGGCGCCGUUUAAACCGUUCAGCAGCGUGAAGGAGGGUGGCGAUUCCCUUUUGAGGAGGAGAAGGGAGGGGAGGCCCGAUCGGAGGGUGGCUCGCCACCCGAGACAUUGGCGGAGGGGCGAGCCGGCAACAUGGGGGUCGCCGACGAUUUCGCGCCGAGCUUCACCCAGAAGCCGCAGCUCAGGCAGGAGGACGAUGGAAAUCGGUUGAUAUUCGAGUGCCAGCUGAUCAGCUCGCCGAAACCCGAGAUAUCGUGGUAUAGGGGCGAGAUCGAGCUUGCCCCAGACUCGAGGACCAACUUCCGGAUGCAGAGCGUCGGGACGAACAAAUUCCUCGUCGUGCUCGAGCUCGACGACGUUAUCGAGACCGACGCGGGCCUUUACAAGGUGAAGGCCAAGAACAAGAUGGGCGAGGUCGCAGCUUCGAUUAACCUGAAUUUCAGUCCUGUCGAUGAGCCUAGAGAGAAACAAAUCGAUGGAAUCGCGCCAACUUUCGCGAAGAAGCCCGCUAUUAGACAAGAAGACGAUGGUAAACGAUUACUUUUCGAAUGUCGCAUCACGGCUGAUCCCACGCCCAAAGUAACGUGGUUUCACGAUGGAAAUAUGGUAAAAGAUUCACCGAGGCACAAGCUAACCGUCGACAAAGACGGCCACUCGUACUUCGCCACACUGGAAAUAAAAAAUGUGACCGUUGAGGAUGCUGGUAAAUAUAAGGUCACCGCGAAGAAUGAGCUCGGCGAAUCCAACGCCACUAUUUCCUUAAACUUCGAUAGCGACGAGGCACCCGUACCCGACGACGGUAUUAAACCGACUUUCACCGAACGACCGGUGAUAAGGCAAUCGGACGACGGUAACACCAUCACCUUCGAAUGUCGAUUAGUCGGCGACCCGAAACCAACCGUCAAGUGGUAUCACGGUAGCGAAGAGUUGAAAGAAAGCGGAAGAUACAGGAUGUCGUUGGAAUUGGAUCAGAAGCUGUACCAUCUGGCCAGGUUGAGAAUCGACAACGUGGCGAAAGGCGACGCCGGGGAGUACAGAGCUGUGGCGAAGAACAAGCAUGGCCAGGGUGUCGCGACCAUUAACUUGAACUUCGAGGGGGGUGACAAGUUGAAAAUACCGGACGGUAAACCACCGCGUUUCCCAAAGAAGCCAACAAUUCGACAAGAAGGGGACGUGUUGAUCAUGGAGUGUAUCUUGGAAGCUCACCCGGUCCCAGAUAUAACUUGGUACCAAGGUCAGAAGACAAUCACCGACAGCAAACGCGUGAAGAUGUCACGCAAGGCGACCGGGAAGGAUACUUAUUUGCUCACGCUCGAGAUAUCGAAUCCGACCAAGGCGGACGGCGGAAAUUAUCGAUGCAACGCGUUUAACAACUUCGGCGAGAGUAACGCAAACAUCUCCCUCAACUUCCAAGAAGAGGGACCUGGUUUCGCGCCGACGUUUGUCGAAAAACCUCGUAUCAUUCCGAACGAAACCGGCACCUUGAUCACGAUGAAAUGCAAGUGUAAGGCGAAUCCGAAACCGGAAGUCACGUGGUUCCGUGGCGCCAGUGUCGUCAAAGAAUCUUCCAAGACGAUCAAGACGAAGACCGUGGAAGAGGACGUUUACGAGUUGAUCAUGGAGAUCAAGGAUCCUUCGGCGCCUGAUGGCGGCACUUACAGGUGUCACGUGAAGAACGAAUAUGGCGAGAGCAAUGCGAAUUUGAACUUGAACAUCGAGGCGGAGCCAGAGCCGGAAGGAGACGGUCCGACUUUCGUCGAGAAACCGCGGAUACAGUCGCAAAACCAGGGUAAACUGGUGAUCAUGGAUUGCAAGGUGAAGGCGAAUCCGAAACCCGAAAUCGUAUGGACUCAUGCCGGCAAGAUAGUGAAGGAGUCGUCCAAGAUCUCGAUCAGUAUUGUUCAAGAGAAGCAAGAUAUCUAUUACAUCAAAUUGACGUUGAACGAUCCGGGUGCCGAAGAUUCAGGUUUAUACAAGUGUAACAUCAAAAACGCUCUUGGCGAAUUGAACGCCAAUCUAACGCUCAACGUUGAAAUUAUACCCGUGAUCAAGGAAAAACCGAAGGUCGUGAAGAUCGUGAAGAAGAGAACGGUCAUAGUCGAGUGCCACGUGCUUUCCAAAUUUACGCCUGAAUGCACUUGGUUCAAAGAGACAAAAGCUGUGAAAGCGGAUAACAGGCACAAAGUCCACGUCGAGCAAGUAAAGGAGGGAGAAUUUGCUGUCAAGUUAGAAAUCGAACAAGUGUCAGCCUCCGACAAAGGUGUGUACAAGUUAGUGGCUCGUAACGAGAAAGGCGAGGCAACGUCCCAAGUUGUAGAGGUCACGGAAAUUAUGGAGGAAGGCGAGAAACCUAAGAUAAUAUCCGGUUUGAAGUCAGCGACGAUCGAGGAAGGUAAAUCGAUCGAACUUGUUGCCAGUCUCUCCAAACAGGAUCGUAAAGUUACCGUCACAUGGUACAGAGAUUCCACGGUGGUCAAAGCUUCCAAAGACGUGAUGAUAUCUUUCAAUGGUGUGGAUAUGAAAUUGUCAAUCACAUCUGCUUCCACUUCCUAUUCUGGAACGUACAAAGUAGUCGUUAGUAAUGAAUACGGUCAAGAUGAAUCGUCGGCACGAUUGGUUGUCAAGAAAAAAGAAGAAAAGAAAGAGGAAGAGGAAAAAGAAGAGAAAAAGAAGAAGGUUGAAAAGAAAGAGGAAGAGAAAAAGGAAGAAAAGAAAGAAGAGAAGAAGGAAGAAGCUCUGCUUAAAGCUGAAAAAACAGUAUCUCGAAAACAAUCUAUUAGCAAAGUAGAAGAAUUACGAACAGAAAGUCGAAGAAGUUCUUUGAUAGCAACUGACGAAAAGAUCGAAGAAGUGAAGACCGAGAGCCGGCGAGCUUCCAUCGUUGAAAAGAAAGUAAUCACCGAAAAGGAUGAAGAACCUACGUCAGAUUCUAAAGAAAGGGAUAAUGUUUCCAAUGGAACAAAGAAGGAAGAAGUCGUCGCUAAAGCUAAAACUGUUGGAAAGGAAGAAAAGAAGGAGGAACUCAAACCCACACUCAAAGUAGAAGAAUCUAAGAUACAAGAAUCCUCAAAAUCAAAGACUCUCGGUAAACCCGAGGAGACCAAGGAAUCCACCGCGAAAUCCAAAACACCCGUUGAUAAACCCGAAGAGGUGAAGAGGAAAGAAUCAGCACCAAAACAUAAGACCACACUUACUAAACCCGAGGAGGCUAAGAAGGAGGAAUCUGUUUCAAAAUCUAAGACACUUACUAAACCCGCAGAGGCUAAGAAGGAAGAACCUGUUCCUAAACCUAAAGUUACACUUACUAAACCUGAAGAAGCUAAGAAAGAAGAACUUGCUCCAAAACCUAAAGUCACACUUGGUAAACCCGAGGAGGCUAAGAAAGAAGAACCUGCCCCAAAAGCUAAAACCACACUUGGUAAACCUGAGGAAGCCAAGAAGGGAGAACCUACUCCAAAACCUAAAGUUACAUUUGGUAAACCCGAACAACCAAAGGAAGAGGAACAGACCAGAAAGCUUAGCCUCAAGCCGGGAGCGAAGAUCGAAGAGGAAGCGAAGACUCUGAACAAGGUGGAACUCAAGCCAGUGGCAGCCGAGACGAACGAGAAGAGAUCUGGACUACGCAAACCACCGAAAUACGAAAUUAAAGCCGACAACUUUCAAUCUAUCCAACUUAAACCAGUUUCGAGGGAUCCUAAAACACCUCAAAAAGCUGAAAAUGGCAGUAUCGAUUUGAAGAAAAUGGAGAGAAAAAAAAAAGCGAAUGCCUCGUCUGCAACCUUACUACUCGACUACCAAUGCACUUAUUUUUUUUUUCACUUUCACAUUUGUUCUUUUUCUUUUUCUCGCACGUUAUUUCUUUUAUCUUGUAUCACACAAAUUAUUAUUACGAUACGCGUACUUAUCGAAUAAACAUCGAACGAAGAGCGAAAUUAAAAUAUUAUUCUCUUCGCGAUCAUGAUCUCUUCGUUCGACUCUGCCUGCUCACCUCGAUUACUUUUUAGCACAAUAUUUACAUUCAUCUUCUUCGAUCAUCUUGCGCUCGAUGAACCGGAAGCGGGAAAAAAUUUCGCUUCCUAUUUAUAUUUAAUUUUUUAAUAAAUUUCGAAUGGAAAGCGUUUCAACGAAGAUCGAGCGCAAGAUUGUCGGAUUUUUUCGAAGCAGAGGUUCUAUCGAUUCAAGAAAACCUCGGCUCCUCUUUUUUUUUAUGAAUUAAUAAUAUAUUAUUGAUCAUGGAUAUAUGCACAAUUGCACCAUUGCACCAACGCACCUCUGCACCUGGCACGGAUCUGUUGCAACCGAUUCUCUCUCUUUCUGACCAUUUUAUAUAUUCCACGAUCGCUAUUUAAUAUUAAUACCGUUAAUAAGAUAAUAUAAUUAA